UGAAUGGCUCCACUGUUCCCCACAAACUCAUCUGAUGUAAGGUAACGAAACUGUAGUCUACCUGACGACAGCUAGUAAACUGGAAGAAAGUAGCGCAUGAGUGACAGCAGCACACCAUCCGGUGGACAGAAAUGGACCGUAUGACUCCAGAGGCAGCGGGUCUUGACCCUGCCGUCCUGAGAGACCAACUCUUCGAGCUAUGGAACCGGAAAGAUCUGCAGACGCUACAUUUGGCAGCCCACCGGGGAUUUUCAAAGCUGUCUGAGCCUCUGGAGGCUUUGCUGACAAUCCUGGAGGGCUGUCCGGGCAGACAGAAGGGUCGGAGCCACACCCUCGGCCAUCACAUCCUCGUGGAAUUCCUGACGUGGAUGAAGGAGCAUCCUCAGGUGACUCUGAGCUCACUCUUAGAGCAGCAAGCACUGGCACUUCAGCAGCGAGCGCUGACCUUAACGACGGAUACCCAGCCCGCCUUUGUCGACAAUCUCACUAACAUCUACCAGCUCGACUCCCUGGAUCCAGCCAUUCUCCGAUCGAACAUCAUGAGGUUGCACGCUCUUCACUGCUACAAAGAGGCAGCGGUGCUCAGCGUAAAGCUGAAGUUACAGAAAGAGCUGAACAUGGAGGAGAUGUGUGUACCACUAAUCUUGCAAAAUAAGUUGCCGUUGGCAGAGUCCUUCGUCGCGGGCAACAAUCAUCUAGAACAGCAAUUGGUCACACUGCUAGACUCGUGGUGCCACCCCAGCUUCACCGAGGAAGAGAUACACAAGCGGUACCCUCACAUCUCUGUAAGCAAACAGUGCUUGAGCCAGAUGCAGCCCAAAUUGCUCGCCAAACACGUCUUCCGACUCGUGGAGAAAUUCAACAUUGACCAAGGUCUGUGUCCCAAUGCUCUGCACAAGAGGAGGUUGGACUCUUUACGUUUCCUCAUGUACAAGAGGUUUGUGGAGAAAAGCAUGACAGAUGAGAACUGGAGUGACCAUGUACAGUACGUCGUGGCAGAUGACUUUGAGCUGCAGAUCCAGUUGGUGGAGAUGUUGGUGAGGUACUGUAGUUUUCACAAAGCCUCUCAGUGGUCUCUGAGAUACAACGUCCCCAGAGAUCGACUUCCCUGCGGCGUGUGGGAAACGCAGCAGAGUCUACCGCCUGAUCUACAACAGAUCGGUCCGAGUGGUUCGGCAAAGCCUGAGGAGUGGAGACCGUCUCGCUCUCACUGCAAGACGUUCUACCAGGUGCCGCUCACCAAAGACAAGGUUCAUUUUGUGGACUCGCCGGAAACUCUUCGGAGAUGUCGAAACAUUGUGCUGAAGGAGGGUGGUAUAGUCGGAGUUGACAUGGAGUGGCAGCCCACGUUUGGCUGCAUCUCCACUCAGCAGGUUGCCCUGAUACAGCUUGCCGUUUUGGACCAGGUUUUCUUAGUAGACCUUUGUGCAAGUGGAUUCUGCCAACACCCAGAUACUAUUCUUUUCAUCAGGAGCUUGUUCGCCCAAAGAAACAUCCUCAAACUGGGUUAUGGCAUGUCGGGGGAUCUCAAGUGUCUCAUAGCCACCUGGCAGCAGCUUUUAGAGGAGCCAUUGAAGAUGGAGGCCGUGCUUGAUCUUCUUAAUGUACACCAAAAGAUCCAGCGUCGAAAGGUCAAUCGGACUCAAAAUGGACCUAAAGAGGUGCUGGUAGGAAAGAACUCUGCGGAGAAAGGCCUCAGUCUGCUGGUACAGCAGGUUCUGGGAAGGCCCCUCGACAAGACCGAGCAGAUGUCCCACUGGGAGAAACGGCCGCUGCGCAUCAGCCAAAUUAGAUAUGCAGUGGCAGAUGCCUGCUGUUUGCUGGAUGUGUACUCUGCCCUCUCCAGCAACCCAGCUUACUUUGGGCUACCAGCUGACCUGCGCAGCAUCUCAUCGAGCCAAUCGGAGGACAGUGGAGACAAGAAGCAGAAGGAGAAACGGGCCCAUGGCAAAGAGGAAUGUCAGGGGGCUCAAAGGGUCAGUCCCCCCAGCUCCAACACAGAGAAAGGCCUCCUGUGUGGCGAGAAGCCCUCAGAAGACACCCCCCCUCUGCCCCCCCAGCAGUUGCGGGUGGUGUGCGACAACAUGCUGCAGGGACUCGGGAGGUACCUGCGCUGUUUAGGCGUCGAUGUGAUCAUGUUGGAGAACACCGACGAUCACAGAGUUGCGGCAAAGUUAGCACAAGCCGAAGGCCGCUUCAUUCUCACAUGUGGACAACCGUUCCAAAGUUUGCGGUCCCAGGUAGGCGAGGGUCGCUGUCUGUCCCUAGACUGUUCAGAAAGGGCCAGAGAUCAGGUUGUGCGAGUCCUCAGACACUUCAACGUGCAGCUCACUCCCAGCGACAUAUUCAGCCGCUGCCAGGCGUGUAACAGUGAUCAGUACGCGGCGGUGCCCAGAAAGGACAUGGCCAGGAUGCUUAAGCAGAAAGGAUUUCUGCAGGGCCAGGACGUCAUUGACCACACACAACAACAGGAAGAGGAGACGCUUGGAGACAUUCUGACCCCAAGUGUGACCCCUGAAAUCCCCAGGUAUGUUCAGUGUCAGUGGGCCCCCCUCUCAGAGCUGGACCCCGACACCCUGACCUUUCCCGGGGGGGCACCCGUCCAGCUCCACGCCGUGCCCCCUGCCCUCCUGCCGAGGAUACCGCUCUUCUAUGUCUGCACCAGAUGUGGCAAGGUGUUCUGGGAAGGCUCUCACUUUGGCCGCGUCCUCUCCAUGUUUCAGGAUGUCUUACACAUAACAGACAAGGACCCUGAAUCGGCUGCGGCUGCACCGCAGAAUUGACAUUUGUAUAGCUACUGCACUUUACCUGACCCUCAAGUACAUCCGUAGUAAUAAUUUACACAUUUAGAACUGGAGUUGUCAUGAAAUCCAAUUAGAUUAUUAGUUUUUUCCCUUUUCUAAUUGGCUAAAAGUGUAAAAAUAAAAGAGGCAUUAAGAAUUCACCUGACAUCACAAGUGAGACCCAAACUUCAAGUCCUUUGAAAUAAUUGAAUUUCCUGUUCACCAUCUGGUUUUAAAAUUUGUCAUACCAAAAAAAAAAAAUCCGACACAUCUCGUCUCAACAGUUUUAAAACCUUUUACGUUCAUAAGUUCAAAGCUCAGCGAACCAAAGACCGGUCAGCUGUGAUCCAGUUGUGACUCGGUCAUUUUUGUUGUUGAUUGUAUUUACUGUUCUACCACAUUUAUGGUGAUUUAUGGUUUAAAAUUGUAUAUUGAGACCAUUUUAAUUAUUCCUUAUCAAUCAAACUAUAAAGUUUGUUGCUAUUUUAUUUGUUUCCGAUAUUUUAUUGUUUUGAUUUCAGAGUUAAGCGGUUAAAUGACGGGGCUAAGUUCUGUGGCCUUUUUUUAGCAGUCGGUGGUGCUGUAUAUUUCCAUUCUUUGUGAUUAAAUCUGUAUCAUUUUUAAUUAUUUAGCUGGAAGCUCAAUAUGCGUGAAUAAAGUGCUUUUAAUUUCAUGUUUUUAAUCUGAGAAGUCACGGUUGUUUCUGUCUGCGUAGAGUUAAUUUAUGACGUGUUUGGAACGUUCACAGGACAGAUGGUGAAGGAUUAAGAGCGGACAGCAUGAUCAUCAACGGAUCAUCUAAGCUUCUCUGAUGUCUGUCAGGUGUAACACUAACAGUGUGGGGGGGGUUGUGCCCCGAGGCUGAAGAGCAGACGGGUCACAGAGUAGCCCAACGCGCACACACACACACACACACACACACCGCCUGAAUCCCUUCACAUUUUCUCAUACCUUCUUCUUUCCAACUCUCCUCUCCUCUGCACCCCACAUUGGAUUUGUGUUGUUGCUGAACAUUAGAUUCCCCAGACGAGUUUGAACAGAUCUAAUGUGUGAAAAGUUGUGCAAUUAAAUAUGUUUGGUGUUUUGUGCAUAGCAGGCAUUUUGUUGAGAUUCCAUUGGAAGGCUGAUCUGUUUACACUCGUGAAAUCGUCAGAGACCACAGCCAUGUUUUCACUUUAUUUAAUUGAUCACGUAACUUGCAUCCAAAAAAAAGCCACAGUGACUUCCAAAGACGGGGUCAUACUGUGACUCACUGAGGUAAAUGUGUUUUCAGUGUGUUUGAAUCACAGAAGGAAGUGAAGAGAGUUGAACCUCAGGGUGAUUCAGUGACCCCGGACAAUGAUUAACAUUUCCUCACAACGUUUAAAGUGAAAGCUUUCCUCCAGAGCGUGCACACGAUAACCUGAUUACCAUGAAGAACUAGAUGGAGUUCACAGAUGUAAAGUCUUUAAUGUGUUAAAGCUGAAAUUCUUGGAUCACUAACUUCCCAAGCUGUCGCUUUACAGGGAACUCACUCGGCUGCUGCCAAAUCUUAAUCAAAGCAAGUUGUGGAAAUAGGAGUGACUUUGGAAUGAGGUGUUAUCUAACUAAAUGAUUUUUGGAAGAAGUGGACAAUUUUCUACAUCACACGUGUGAAGAGCAGGUCAGGACCUCCACAUGUGAGUAAUGGAACACCAUUUACCAAACUGCAUAACCUUGGGUGUGUUACAAAAUGAAGGUUUUGGGGCUUUUUUUGUUGCAGUAAGUAACGUUAAUAAUGCCGUUAUCGCUGAGGACUUCAUGAGUACGGUCACUUCUGACGAAUAAUGUGAACCAAAUUGGGUCUCCGUGGCUUAAUAUGUGAAGUUCGCUGUCCAUUGAUCUGAACCUGCUUCUCAUUAACAAGAACCCGCGUUGGACGGAGGAGAUCAUGUGGAUUACGGUCCGUCUCAGACAUGACUUACUGCGCAGCAUCCUGUAAUGAUACACUGUAAAUGUUUGACUUUAGGAUAUUUAGGAUAAUCCUGUUGUGAAUUUUGAAGGUUUGUGAUAAUAGUUUUUUCCCCCAAUAUAUACCCUAUAUAGUCAUGUAUAAGGUUGAUGGUAUCACUUCCUAGCCCCAAAUACAAAGAAGUGCCUUGGACACACUUUACUUUGACGACACUCACUUUUGUUAUCGAAAAUAUUCAUUUCCAUUUAAUACGGCGAUUCAUUUAUCCUUAACUUCUUUAUUCAUGCAUUUAUACUGAUUUCUGACUGUAUAUUAAUUGAUCUCAACCUCCUGUCAGGUGUGUAAAAAUGUUGAUAAACAUGAGUGAUUUUGCCAGCAGGAGAAGGCCGUUGAGAUCCAUCUGUAGGGAGACGCCUGAUUCUUAUCAGUUGGACGUUACACUAGAGGAAAAUAAAUCUCUAUCAGCAAAAUGACCGUUGAACCACAAGCCUGAUGAUAUUAUUUUAGGACUAUACACGAUUGCACUUCCAAAAUCCAGGAGUAGAAACGUCUUGGCAUAUUGCCCUUUUUUCUUCAGCAGACUAUAAUAACCACAGUAACAUUAAUCUACCCUGAAGUAUCGUUAUUGCUACGGGUGAAGUCGACACCCUGGCUCCCAAAUAAGCCGCUCUCUGUGUGUCUUCUCCUGUCCUUGUCCGGGUGGUCGCAGCCCCUGCCUCUGCGCAGAGCGCGAGCUUUCUGCUGCAGCACCGUGUUAUUUGAUCCUUGCUCUUUCUUUGCUGGGAAGAAAAGCUCGCCUCUUUCCCACGCUCUGAGGACACGUGGUGCCCGGAAUGAAUUGGAUUCAGAAGACCCUCCCUCCCGGUGAAACGUCUCUCUCUCUUUCCCUCUCUCCAUAUCUCUCUGAAAAUGUAAAAUAACAAUAUUGCCAAAGAAGCUUUAUCAUAUAUUAAAAAAUCGGCUUUUUUUAAAUAUAUGACGAGGUUUCUUUCGUGUAUCCCAGUGUGUAAGUUUCCCGAUCUGGACUCUCGGCGACGUGCGUGCGCACCACAUCCCCGGACGGGACGUGAGGCUCCUCCCGGCUUCUCUGUCCCCGAUCUGUCCGUUUACAAGACAGCCACACCAACACUGCACGGCUCUGGGUUCUCUCGUGUGUCGCUGAAAUGCGUCUUGUUUAUCGACACACAGGAACUGAGAUAUGGCUGCAUAAAUAGAAGCAGAGUAACGUUAUUACUUGUUUUAUCUUUGUGUGACCAGUGUGUGGAGAGUUGGCCCCCCCAGCACAGCCUCCGUGCCGAGGCGACCCCUCGGACUGACUACACAAAACCGGACUGUGCUCGCUAAAGGUUGUCCAUAAUAUUUUUGGAGAUCGUUUAUUGCAAAUUCUCACUGGUUUGCGCUUUUACGCACGCAUAUAAUGCGUCGUUGGUCAUUUUAACUAAAUUGUUUUGCUUAAUUGGGCAUGUCAAAGAGAAAAUAUGACAUUGCAAAAUAAUUGUUUGAAGUAUUUAAUCACUACUAGAAGUAUCUUCACAAGAGCCGCAUGAUUGCAUCUGGUUUUGGCUGCUUCCCAGACACACAUUACCAAUAAAGACCUGGGGAGCGAAGUGGUGGGGAGGGCAGAGAGAAGAUCAAAUGCCACAGAGUUUUUGGGGAGAAACUCAUCCAAUCAGAGAAACUUUUGGCUCCUGCGGUCUGUGCAAAUGUUUUCCAAGUGUCCAGACGCACUGCAGCCAAAAGCUUUGAGAGCGGACAGAUGUUCCUGAUUUUCCAGAAGAUGUUCCGCACCAUUCAGUAACCCUCAGAAAACACAUACACUCACAUAUAUAUGUGUGUUUUGGACUCCAGUAUGGCCACGCAGGUUAAUGCUGUGUCAUAUAAAGACUGCAGCGAGGAACACACAUCUGUAUCCUAUCUUACAAGGGUUGACUUAUAUUCAAGAUAUUUCUAGGAGUGAGUCAGAGCCAGCCUCUUUGUAUUGGUGCAGCUGCGGGCUUGUUGCAGAGGAAAAAACACCCGCUGAUGCACCUAAAAGUUUCGAAAACAGCUGAAUCACAGUCUCCUGCACACACACUCUUCUGGCUAUCCAUCAUUUAAGUCCCAAAGUCAAAUAUCUGAAUUUCAAUCAGGCCAGCAGAAAUACUUGUUUCUUAUUGGCUGGCAGGUGUCUGUUCACAUUCCAUACUGGGUUUAAACAUGAUUCAGGCCAACAGCAACACACUGUUACACUAAUAGUUCACUCGCCUUAUCAUAUGUUAAACCCAAGUAAGGUCAAAUAUUUAUAUCGCCCAAAAUCACAGACUUGCCGAGAAGGGUUUACAGCUUUGUACAUUAUACAGCACUCUCUAUCCUGAAACUAUACAAACUUUAAAAAAGUGGAUCAAACUUAGCUUUUGUGGUCAUACCUUGAUAAUGCACCCCAGGGUGUCCUGUUUAAAAUAUUGGACCCAAGCAAUCCAGUUAGAUUUACAUGAUCACUUUGUCAUUCUAUUAAAAAAAUAGAUUUGAUUUUUUUAAGAGUUAAAUUGCUGCAAAUCUGUUAUUUUCUAUACUGGGACACUUUGAAGUGCUGCACCAAGCUCCAUAACUUGAAGCAUAAAUCCCGUCAUGGGAUUACCUGUGGUUGUGUGAACUAUAGCUUGCAUUGAUAGUACAGUAGAAGUGCGGUUGACUACUUGACCUAGUUUUAGGUAACACGUGUGACUUUAAUGGACACCUGUCAGUCAAAGUCUAAAACGAACGUCUAUGACCAUGAUAAUGCACUCCAAAUGUGUUGACAGAAUGUCAGUCAUGUUUUCAGUCAGCCAGUAGUUGACAUCUUGUUUGUUUGUUUUUGGACUUAAAUAAGCAGAUUGCGACCUCCAUAUGUGGGAUCUCUGCCGCUGCCUCUCCCACGCUGACGCACAGACGCCCAAAUGACACGCUCGCGUAUAGACAGAUAUGGCUGCAGACGCGCGCCACAUGUACAGUUCAGAGUGUGGGAAAACGAGGACA